AUUGUAGAUGCAAAUGUCUUUUACUGUCAUUUUUUAUAUUGGCACAUGUAAUGCUUUUUUUUUAAAUUCAAAUGUUGCGUUAAACGAAAUUGGCGCUUCUUUUUUUUUGCUUUCUUUGAAAAAAAAUAGGUUCACAAAAUGUCGCCCUGGAGAAAGACACUCUAGCAUCAAGUAUAAUGUAUCCGACUUGGCCGUCCAGCAAUGCCGUUGAUGGUGACAUGGGUCAGUAUGUAGGUGACGGCGCUACAUGUGUGGCUACAAAGACGGAACUGAACCCGUACAUUAUCAUUGAUCUUGGAGCAGAGUAUAUACUGACAUCCGUCAAGAUUUACAAACAGUUAGAUGUGUAUGACAAUGAUGAAAUCGAGUUUAAUAUUCAGCUUCUACUGAUGGAGAAAAAUUGGACCAGUUAUGGAAUUUUUGAGGAGGAUAAAAAGCUGCUGAAACCUUCUGUUGCCACAAGAUUAGUUCGACUACAGGUAUCAAAAGAGGAACCAGUUGCCCUUCGUAUAUGUGAGAUUAUAGUGUUUGCAGUAUCCCAGGAAGAUUCUGAAAAAGUUAUACACGUUCAAUCCAAGCCAUAUAUGCAGAUGAGAUUUUCCUUGUCGAACAAGUACAAUGAUGUCGUGAAAGAAGAGGCAGCGUUUGUGUAUUCAGUGAAACAGGAAUUGGCUAUUUUAACGAACUUUUCCGAAGCCAGCUUUCAAAACAUGAAGGUGUCGAAGAAAGAUCCAUUACAAGUAGAGUUGGAACUUCAUUCGACAGAUGGCGAUUUAAAGAAGCUGAGUAAAAUGUUGGAGACGAUAGACAUGUUAUGUGGACAUGGCUUGGACAUGACGACUGAAGAUGGCAGUGAACUGACAAUAAUAGCAGGUAGCUUACAGUAUCACGUGAUGUAUACAGGACAUGCAGGAUCCCUGCUGUAUGGGAAGAUGUUGGUUGCAGUCUGCGUGCUUGUUAAUGCGAUUUUAUAUCUGUAAAUUUUGAUAAACUUUUAGAAACAUUGAGAAACGUUUUGAGAAACUUAUAUACACUUAACUUAAUUUAGGUGGAAUUAUGAACGAUGCCUUAUCAUAUUUGUUUUAAUUCUUUUGUAUAUACAUUGAACUCUUAUCUUAGUACAAAAUACUCGUUGACUUGUACAGAAUGUGUAGCCAAUCAAAAUUAAAGGCAAUCGGAAUCGCAUAUUCAAAUAGUGUGUAUCAAAAAGGGAGACAACUAUUUUGGGUGACCGGAAAUACUUGGAAGACCAGUUUUUCAGUUCAUUUUUGUUUGGAAUGACUGUAUUGGUAUGUUCAAACGACAUUUGGUAGCUAUUGUUUUCAUGUUUGUGAUACAAUGCACUUUGAAAUAUUCUGUUUUAAUUUUCUCGUAAGCUUCUUUGGGUCGAUAACUAUUACUGGUUUCAAGGUUUAGGUUUAUUUGAAUACGUCAGGGCCCAUUUGGGCAUGUGACAACAUAAAACAGUACAUACAUACAAAAUAAUACAAAAUGGCAAAUAAUAUGUAAAAACAAAAUACUACAAAAUGGCAAAUUAUAAAUGGUCAUACAACUCCAUGAUGUAAUAAAAUUACUGUAAUAAUUGACUGAUAAUGGAGGAUGA